AUGGUCGGCGUUUUCCGGCGAUCCAUCUCUUUUCCGAACAAGACUCCGGUUAAGCCUUCCCUCUCCCAUCACGUCCGUUCCAUCAGUCUUCCCUGCCGAUCUCACCCUUUGAUUUUCCAACUCAAGGACCAGAUCGCCAAUCUCCAUUCCUGGUCCCUCAACUCCGAUUCCCACACCGCCGCUUGGAUCUGCGACGGCUUAAACCAUCUCAAAACUGUCCACAACCAUCUCGACGACAUCCUCAACCUUCCUCAAACUCGAGAUUCCCUCCGCCACCACCCGCACUGGAUCGAUAAGCUUCUAGAACAUUUCUUACGCUUCGUCGACGUCUACGGAAUCUUCCAGACUUUGAUUCUCUCCCUCAAAGAAGAACACUCCGCCGCACAGGUCGCGAUGAGGAGAAAAGACGAAGAGAAAAUCGCGUUGUACGUUAAAUCAAGGAAGAGGUUAGCUAGACAAAUGGCGAAACUGGUUUCGACUGUACAGAAGAAAACCAAAAUUGCCGAACAAGGCCAAGCCGGAGUCACCGCCGAUCUUGCCGCAGUGAUCGAAGAAGUCAUAGGAGUAACGACGACAGUUUCUCUGGCACUGUUCAACGGAAUCUCAGAAUCAUUCGGAACUAAAAAGAUCACAUGGAAAUGGACAAGAUUGGAUAGCGUCACGAAGAAGGUGAAGAAAUCGGCGGAAGAGGAGAAGAAGGGGAUUCAAGAAUUCAGAGAAAUUGGGUCGGAGAAUUUGAGAGAAUUGAAGAAGAAAGGGAAAGAGGAAACCAAAAUAGCGAUGAAGAAGAUGAGAGAUUUGGAGGAUUGGAUAAGCGACAUUGAAAAUGGAAGCCAAAGGGUUUUCAGAAGUUUGAUCAGUGCAAGAGUUUCAUUGCUAAACGCUCUAUCGCAGCAGCAAGAACACAAAAAUUAG